UCGAGUAAACGCGGUUGUUUGUAUGUGCUGCGGUUCCGUGCCAAGUAAACAGCUUGCUUAGUUUUUCGUCCGUUCGGGUGUCGCGUGUGUUAUUUACUCUCAAGGAUUUAAAGUGCCACCAGUGUCACCGUUGACUAAUUUCCAUCACGCUCGGCGUAAGUGGUUGAAUGUACGGUAUUAGUGCGUAGUGCGAAGAAUUGUGUUGAUUUGAUGGAUGCGAUCGUCGGGAAAAAGCAUACAAUUACUGACAACGACUACAUCGUCAACAUUAAUGCUAAGGAAUACGGUGACCAAAACAGCGAUGCAAAUAACGUCAGCAUAAGAAGAAAUCCUUCAAUUCUGUUGGCCCUCGAUUCCGUGCAUCGGUCGUUGCUUCUGAAGAAUUUGCAGUUCGAUCAAGAGAUCGGUAACCACAAUAACAACAACAAAAACAGCAGCAGCAACUAUAACGACGGUGGGAGCGGUACUUGUGAUGUGGAUUCGAAACAGCGGAAGCACGAGAAUGAGCCGGAAGAUCCACUUGAAGUGCUAGCAAAAUCAUUGGCGCUGGUGGAAGUAAAUGAGCCGCUGACCACAGCACAGCAGAAACGAAAACAGCUCGUCCAGAAUGAACACACAGAUGAACUAGAUUUUGGCUUUCUGGAGUUGGUGAAACUGCGGCGCGAUCGAAACAAUAAUAGUACCGAAAGCCGAGUCAUGAUGAUGGUGGCCAAGUAUGAGCUGGGGAAGGGCGGUGGCAAGAGGAUUCCCAUAGACGAGACUGAAACGAGUGAUUUCGAUACGGCGAGUGUGAGCAGUGUGAGCAGCCUGGGGAGUGCUAGAAGUAGUUCCGCGUUCAGUGAGGUUAGCCGGGACGUAGUGAGCGUGGAGAAUUUGGGCAGAAACGAGCCGGAAGUGGUGGUUGGAACGGGGGAAAGUCACAAGGUGACGGCGGGAGGUGCUACUAUUACGAUUAAUAUUAUCAAUAAGACUACCGAACAACAUUGUGAUACGCGACCGCUGAAAACGGGUCCCGAAAUGAAGGCUGUGCACGUGCAAGUUCCGGAAUGUACGUCGGAGGACGAGGAGGAGCAAUCUCAGGCGCCAUCGCCUCGAAUAGAAGAAGCGUCCACCGAGUGUGAGGAGGAGGAGGAGGAGGAGGAAGGUUCUGAUCAUGAUUUUAUGAAAGAUUCUAGAAUCACUGAAAUAUACAGUGAUCAAUCUUUGCUCGAUAAAUUUAUAACCGCUGAGAGUGAAGACUACUUAGAUUGCAAUAAUUAUUCGAAAUCUCCAGCUUCCUGUUACGAUAAUUGUUCCGAAGAUGAAGAUGCUAAAUAUAAUCACGAAACAAAAAGGGACCGCAAAAGUCCAGAGGUCUUUAGACGUGAGUUUGUCGAUGACGAAGACGAACCAAUGAUCAAUAUCAUUCAAGAAAUGACGCAAGAUAUGCAGGUUACUUCAACAGUUAUUCUGAAUAAGGCCAAAAUAAAACAGCACCGUAAAGUUCGAGAGACGGAGAAGAAACAGAAGCACAAAAGCGAGCAGAAACUGAAGCAGAAAUUAGAGAAUUCCCAUAUCAGUCGACAGAAGAUAAUUGAUGAUAAUUUCUGUAAUGAGAUACUCGAUUCGACCAUUCAUUUCGACAAGCUGUAUGGAAUCAAUCGCAGGACGGCAGCCCCGGCCCCAACCGAAGUUUUGAGCGAUUCUGCCCUGCAGCCUUCAUCCGCUGAUGCUGAUGAAUCGUUCGAUUCCACAGUGUCUUUCGGCAAGCUGGAAGGCACACCGCGAUAUUCGGGGAGACCCGUUGGCAAAUUGAUGGCAAAGCGACUGAAGAAACUCGACCGACAUGAUCAAUGCAAAUCGGAAGGCUUUUCGGAUUCUUCCACAUCGAAUUACACCAAUGGGCCCAAGAAACCUCCGCGUACGUUUGCCACUUCCCGGAAGAGCUCGAAAGCCAAGGUUGGAUGGGUCGGGGAUGUUCAGCCGAGCUCGGACAAGAGUUCGGGCAAGUCCGCCACGGAAAAACCUUCCUGUCCCAAGCUAGAAGAUUUGGAUUCUGAUCAGGAUUUGAUUGGGUGGAAGUUCGAGGAAAAGAAGCGUUCCCACGAUAUCGGAUGGGUCGCUCCGAAGGAGAAGAUUAAUGAUUCUGCUAUACCACCCCACAUUUACAGCAUGUUACACUAUUCGGAUGACGAAACUCGGAAACGGUUGAUUAAGACUUCUCACUCGCGAGCAGCACCUCAAUCUACUGCUUGCUGUCAUCGCAAAGAAAAUCCUUUGGGGCCAAAACUAGACAUAGACACUGUAGAUUAUGCCCCCGAAACUCCUCGACGCAAGAGUUCUUCGAAUUCCGAUUUUGAACGAUUUGUAGCCAAUUCGAAAAUAAAAAGUACCCCCUACAAGAAAUUACCGCAAGCAGGAAAACGAACCGAACUGUUUCUGGAUUCCGAGCGAGGCGAAAGGAAUCGUCGAAGUCCCGAUCGUAGACGCAGUACGAUGGUGGAUUUCCUGGAAAAUGAAAGAACAACCGAAUCGAAACAUUUUUUAGACGAUGGCAGGCGCAGUGACCACGAGCCGGACCCGGAAGAGUCUAUGCUCUGUAAAAAAUGCAACGACAAAGCUAGCAAAAAAUCCUUCCGCAAGGCGGCGGUCCGUCGAACCAAGUCAUUCUUUGAGGCAUCCAAGAAGAAGAUUAAUUUACAAAAUUAUAAGGAAAAAGAGCAGCGUUAUCAGCAGACUCCGAAGAAGAAAGAGAUGGACUCGAAUCUUGACUCGGAGAAUUCAACCAAGAAACAGCUCCACAAACAUCUGGGCUACACGCCGGAUCGUUUGCGAUGUGGAUCGUGCCCCAAAAAAUCCGAUAUGGUGCGAAACAAUCUCACCCAGGCAAAAUCAGCUCCUGCCCGUUGCGAGCACGGUUAUCGGCCCGAUCUUCCAGCGCGCACUGUGCUUAAUUUUUCCGGCACAGAUAUGGCAUCCGAGGAUGAUACAAGCAAGAUCAAGAACAAGCAGAAACUCAACGAUUCCAAGUUUCUGAAAACACUUAAGAAUCUCAAGAUUUCUCCGAAGAAGCUGUUCAAAGCUAACGAAAACUCAAAGCAAAGUCCGCUGGCACCCUCUCCGCGAGAACACGGCGAUUUUCAAUCGUACGAUGAUUUGAACCUGGAUAACGUUGCCCGAAUGGGAGACUUUCUGAACAACGUCCGGCAGGUGGUAGAAACCGAACUGAAUAACUCCCGGGAACGCAUCCUGGACGACGCUUGUCUGAAUAGAUACCGAAAGUUCACAGCAAACUCCCCGCAACGGAAUCGUCACGUGUCCACUAGCAGCGAAUAUUUGGAUCGCCCCGAUCUGCAACGACGGAUUCAGGUUGCCGCCGAUUUACACCACGAGCCCAUAUAUCAGGAAAUUUCACCCAAAAACAACAAAACCAUUGUAAACGAAUUUAUCAGUGGCGAAUCCUGCGGUCGGCGCUACAUGAUGGUAGACAAUGAUCCUAACCUGCUGUACGCGGUGGUUAACAAAACAUCUAAGCCACUGAUCAAAAAUAAAUCUCAUAAUGAGAAGCAGCUGAACGCCGAACCAUCGAGUCCUCAAACACCUUCAGACACAAGUAAUAAACCCCGUCGUUCCUUAUUCACUAAAGACACUAGCAGCGAAGCUGCUGCUGGUGAUCCACGUAACUCAAACCCCGUGGAUGAAGACAAUGAUAUCUCGGUUUUGCAGGACGUGGAGGAGGCACCCGCUUUGGAGGAACAUCGGGACGGGGCGGUGCACGAGGAGGUUGUUCUAAGAAAGCGAAUGGGAAACGUUGGUAGUGGUCUGAAGAAAGGUGAAACAGCACUGCGAAAUUCGGUGGGAUAUGGGGCAUUUAGUAGCAAUAUUCAAAGGAGCAAUAGCGGCACAAUGGAACGGGGAGUGUAUACUUGUGAGGAACAGCUGCUGGAAUCGGCUGUGGCAGCAGAAAUGGUUGGGAGAGCACCACUGGGUUGCAUUGAUACAGAUGAUGAGGUCGAUUCGCUUGCAAAAUACGACGACAACGGUCUGGACGACUUGUUUACAUCUCUGCGGGAGCGUAUUUCCAUCUCGGAGAUCGACACAAUCGACACGGAAUCGGAAGCGUUCAUAACGGGUUACGACACGGUUGAUUUCCGACCGCUCACUCCUCCACGCCGUAACAAAACGGGAGUAGGCACCAACGGCAAGAAUGGUACUGAUAAGCAGGACCGAACUGUUGAUGUUUCUGAGCUGAUGCGUACGGCACUCGAUUACUCCCUGUCGAGUGCAUCACCGGUCAACAGCACACCGCUAUCCGGAAGAAUGCGAAUGAAUGGGAGCGAUAUUUAUCGAAGCUUCAGGGAUAAGUUGAGGACGUCGUUUCGAAAAAGUAAACAUUAUUUUAAGAACGAACAUCGAAAGAACGCGAAACAGUUCGACGAAAAACCGAAAAACACGUGGGAAACGAGCAGCCGUGGAGUCGCAUUCGAUCCGGACGAGUAUCGGAGGAAAUACGAUGAUGAAACCACAUCGGAAGAGAUUUAUCAAUCGCUCAAUAAUUCCGGUGCGCUUCAGGAACAGGGCAACAAGCAUCUGGUCGAGUUGGUCAAGCAAAUCGAGUCACAAAUUGAUAUUAAAAAACAACUAAAACAGGCCCUGUCAAUCUGUCGGAAUACACGUGAAUUCGAGUGCUCAUCCGAACUGAUUGAGGCGGAAAGGCUUCUGUUGCUUUCAACGUUGAAGGAAACGGCGGCCCGAAAUGAGCUGAGAAGCGUCAUUGAUAGUAAUACGAAUCCAGCGACGACACAAAAUGACGACCGACAGAUAGGCCUGGUCGCGUUGAACCAUCUAGAGUUUCCACUGAAGGAAACUGCCGUCACGGAUAUGUUGUUCAAUUACUUUUAUGUGGUCGUGUGUUCUUACAAAAAUCAGGUUAAAUCUACAAUGUCGAAAGAACGAUUCGGAGAUCGGGUGAGUUUCCGAAACUGUGAAAUUAAGUUUAAAAAUUUGGAUGCAGAUUACAAGAUCCGAGUGGAGGUGUUCGUACUGAGACUGCGAAAAAAUCGAGGCUAUGGUUCGGAGGGCAAACAACCCUCUAGUAAGAACAACAAAAUCAAUCAUAGCUCUGUUUCAACUUCGUCUAUGUUCCGUAAUCCGGUCAAACUCCUCACCAACAGCAGACCAAACUCGCCCCAGAGCACCGAUUUCACCCACCAAUUCUCCCGCUUCAAGUCACAAGGUUUCAUAACGCUUUCAGCGUCUAGCUUGUGUCCUUCGAAUGGUGUCAGUCAUCAGCCGCCGAGUAGUGCCGAGACACAGCAGGAAAAUCGACGCCACCAUUCUCCGGUGCUCUCGGCAUCCAGCAACUUCCAACAGAUGGUGCGACGCCAGGGCGAUCGUAAUGUUUAUUUGGUUGAAGACUUCAAAUAUUUCAAACUAGAUUCGGUGGUUUACUAUUCGAAUCUGGUUGGCGGUAUCGGAAUGAGCAUCAAGAGCGAGGUUGUGUUUGUCAACUCCGACAUCAGUGGUUUCCUAACUGUGGGACAGUGUCAGAACAGUACCAUCGAUUGGAGCAGAAAGUGGUGCAAAGCGAAUGGGUUUGUGCUGGAGUUUUGGAACUAUCCUCAAGAGUGUCAGGAAAAGCUACCGACGCUUCAAAUUGAUCUGACCAAAUGCAACAGUGAUGAGGUGGAUUUGGCAGAUCGUGCAACAUGCUCGCGACCUCGCACAUUCCGGAUAGAUGUUUUUCCGAAAGGUACCGGUAGCUGCAGUAGCAGCGGUAUCAGCAGCUACAAAGACUCUGAUUCUCAUCAGCACAAUCAAAAUAAUGGCGGUAGCAGCAACCAGCAGCCGCAAUCAUGUGAUAACACUAAGAUGUAUCUCCUUUCAGUCGAUACACCGAACGAGCUGCAAAUGUGGCUCAACGAGUUGAAUCGUGUUGUUAAGUUUUUAAAAGAGUGGAGAAUUUGAAACCGUUCUCUCGUAUAUAAAUUUAAAAAAUAUUUGUGCAAUAACAGUUAGGUUGUGCACAAAACUACGUUUACUCCAUACAAACGCGAGUUGUAUCUCUAAGAUACGAUUGAUGAUUUUUUUUAGAUGUUCGAUCAAAAUUCUCGGUCGCCGAAAAAUUUCUAUAUUUCUAAAUUUAAAGCCAAAUUUUUGUUCCUACAAAAAUGCGUUCAUCAACAGCGCAUAUUCAAGCCCGAAAGCAUAUCGGAUCUUUAUUCAUGUUGUAGUUGUUAAAGAUUUUUUAUGUAUCAGAAAUAAACAUAGGGAAGAAAACAAUAUUCGCGGAGAAUAAACGUAGUUUUAUGCUCUACGCUUUCUCAGUUUAAUUUUCCAAAUCGAAGUGAUUUUUGCCUAAGUGUAAUAUAUUUUUAGCUGGAAACAGCGAAUCUCAGAUAGUUUUAGAAUACAAGUGCCCUUCUUCUACCAGCAGAUUUCAAGAACGAUAAAAUUUAAAAUGCUAAGCGUUUUCCAAAUAGCUACUAGAACAACUACUAAAUAAUAUUAUAGCUGUUAGGUAUCAAAUUCCAUACAAAAGAUAGUCACACACACACAAACACAUUCCUGUUUUGAAACAUAGUGCUACUUAAUCAAUCGUUGAAAAACAAUAACUAGGAGGCAGCAGCAGCCACAACUUUGCAAAAUAUGGAUUUUAAUGCACGGAAAUGAUUUUUAUGAUCAUCUUGAUUCAAACUGUUAGCCAACUGCUCGAAUUAUAAUCAAACGAAUCUUUGUCGAUCGUGAAUCGAAAUGAUCUCAUUGCCUUUCCAGCAAACCACGACUACUUGAAGCUCUGAUGCCAUAAGCUGUGCUGAGUUGAUCCAUGGUAGCUAUUUACUUAUGUUACAUUUGUGGUAGAGUAAGUUAAAUCAAUUAUUAGGAACAAACCUAUUUUAAUGAGUAUGGUUUUGCUCUCUUUCUGUUGAACAAAAUAAAAAAUAUGUAUGUUACUAGCUGACCCGGCAAA